ACUUGGCGGUCAUCGGCCGACGGCAGUGGAGACGGCGUCGUCUCGACGGAAAAUAUACUCCGCCGGUGGCGUCGAUCCGGCCGCUAUUCCUGGCGUCUGUGGCGGGCAGGUGGUUCGCGUCUCGGGACUCCGCUGCUGGCGGCCAUUUGCAUUCCUGGCGGGUCGGGUUCGAGGACGGCGCGCCUCCAAGCGGCCUGCGAGUGAAGCUGCGGCCGUGCGCGCGGGCAUCCACCGCGUGUGACGCAGUUAGUUCAGUCGCGUACAGCGGUGGGGUGUUGCGACGUACUUCGUCUCGGUGUCCGUCGCGCGAUUUCACCGCAGCGAGCUGAACGCGGAUGUAUACUGCGUGUCGUCACUCCACGCAAGAUCGUCCGUCGCGCUCGAAACGGGUGAGUGACUUCCGCAGCGUGGCUGUCGUGUUUAGCGGGAGGACUGGUGCGGUUCGGUGACCAGCAGUGGAAGCAGUAAUGGCGGCGGCUGCGGCACCGCCGGCCACGAGGGCGCCCGAGAUGCGAACCGCAAGUGACUCUGUAUCGUACCGAACGUCGAACGGAGUACGUCGGCGACAAUCGACCGCCAGCAGCCGACACACUGUUCGCAGUAUCCGCACAACAAGGCUGUGUCUUGGCUAAUGUGACAAUACCAGAUCAGUCCAUCUUCUGACUGUUGCCCGCAAAAAUGAAAAUGGUGCUGCCACUCUUCAGGAUCUGCAGGGACAUGGUGGGCCGCGCAGUGCUGGAGACACUUCGCACCGUGGCGGACUGUCCAGCAGACGUGGCCGCUGUCAUCCAGAUCAUUAGUACAGUGGCAAGCGAUCCAGAGGUGACAGUACGUGCUGAGAUAGUGCAGACUCUACCGCCCAUUGCAAUGCUGUGCCACAAUGACCGGGAACAGCUUCAUCACUUAGUACCGGACAUAAUCUUGCCACUUGUUUUGAAGCUUCUAACUGAUACAGACAACCAGGUCUGGAAGACAGCGCAGAGGACGUUGUUGCUGCUGAUGGAGGAAGGAUUAGUGGAACCUAGCACCAUUGAGGAACAAGUGUGUCCUGUCAUUCUGAUGCUCACUGAAGAUAACAGUCCCACAGAAUUCCACGUAGAAACAGUUUCACUGAUGGUAAAAAUCGCUCCUUUGGUUGGGCGAGAUGUAACUGAACGUCUCUUGCUGCCUCGCUUCAUUGCACUGUGUUCAAACAGUGUUUUUCAACUGCGAAAGGCUUGUGCUUCUAACUUCAGUGACUUCUGUACUGUUGUGGGCACAGAAUGUGUAGAAAAUGUCAUGUUGCCACAGUUCGUGAAACUGUGUGCAGACAGUGUAUGGGGUGUUCGGAAAGCCUGUGCAGAAGUUUUCAUGUCGGUGACAUGCCUGUGCACACUACCAAUACGCAAGACUGUGCUUGCUGCGUCAUUUGCUCGCCUCCUGACUGAUGAGAGCCGGUGGGUUUGCUCACUUGCUUUUCAACAGCUUGGACCAUUCAUAUCUACGUUUGCUGAUCCCUCUGUGACUGGGUUAGCAUGUAGUGGUCAGGGUGAGAUCAUAAUAAUAAAUCCAGAAGGACAAGAUAAUCGGUUGUUUGCUGAUAAAGUGAAUGAGCAGGAACAUUCUAAUGCAGGAUGGUGGUCAGGCAGUGUUUCAAGAACAGCAGGUGUGAUAGAAUACUCUCAGGUCUGUGCACCACUUGAUCCUCCUCCACAGCCACCUUCUGAACCAAUUAAAAUUUUGCACCAAAGUAGCACUGAUCAAUCUUCUGCAGAGAAUCAUUCCAAUAGUUCUGUCUCUCACACCCUUACACAAGAUGAUCCUCCUCCACCAUCACCACCACCACCACCCCCUCCACCCCCACCACCUUCUUUGCGCCUCCAUAGUAAGGUAAUGCCAGACUCGCCAAGAAAACCACCACCUAAACCACCAGGUGAUCCGCCACCUGAGCCUCCAUCUGUUGUAGCUUCAAGUAUUAACAAAGAGUUAGAUGUAGCAAAUGACAGCCCAUCUACUGAUAUGGACACACAGUUGUCUGACCAGUCUACAGGGAUUAAUCUUGUUACUGAAAACACUUAUUCAGUCACGUUAAAUGAGUCAGGUGCUAAAAUGUCAGUUGUCAAAAGUCAAAAUCAUACUGACGACACCAUUGGUCGUGGCAAAUAUCACAUCCAUCUUGAAAGUGGUCUUGCUCCAUACAACACAUUUCAAUACUGGAGAAUGCCUAUACCCGAGCUGGAACUGGACAUCAGCCUCAAUGAGCAACUGAAGCCGGCUGCAGUGACUGUUAAGGCUCGUGUUCAAGAUGAUCAACGUACUUUUGCAUCAGAGCUUUCUGUGGACAUGGAUAUUGAUAUGGAGCUGGACCAAUUAGCAACAAGGCUAGAGGCAUCUGCAAAAGUUGAAGACAGCAGUGAGAUAAAUCCAGUCAGUAAACAGGACACAGGAGGUGGUGCAAUUGUGCAGGCUCAGAUAGGCACUGCUGCUGUGGCUGUAGUCACUGAUGAACAUCACAAUUCUACUGUUCUGGCAUCAUCAGCACAGAAGGCUGUCCUUAAAGUUCACCCAGAGUCCACAAGUGGUAUUCACGCCUAUGCUUGUAUUAAUCCAGUUGUGCCAGCUCCAAGUCUUCUGUCGGGAACAGCAACUUCCGCACCUCCUCCACCUCCUCCGCCCCCACCACCACCACCACCUCCUCCCCCACCACCGCCACCGCCGCCGCCACCACCACCUGUACUUGAGGAAAUACCGCAGGACCUAGUUCCACAAAUGUUGAUCGACCAUUUUGUGUCGAUGACACACCCAGAUCUGGCAAAGAGCGUUGAUGGUGAAAUACCCCAUCAUUGUGCUUUCAGCAUUCCAGCUGUUGCUCUGACACUUGGACGAAGGCACUGGGGACUCAUUAGAAAUACAUAUGAAACGUUAGCAUCACACACGCAGUGGAAGGUAAGGCGUACUGCAGCAGCAAGUAUUCAUGAACUAGCGAAGAUCUUGGGUGAACACAUAACAACUAGAGACCUGGUUCCUAUCUUUAGUGGUUUUAUCAAAGAUGUGGAUGAAGUGCGUAUUGGCAUUCUGCGCCAUUUUGCAGACUUCAUUCGAUUGCUAAGUCCUGGUGACCGUGAGAUGUACCUGCCUCGCUUGGAAGAGUUCCACUCGACGGACAACACAUUGGAUUGGCGUUUCCGACAUGAACUGGCUCAUCAGAUGCUGUUGGCAGUGGAAUUGUUUCCACCAUUUGCAGUAUGCCGUCAUAUGGGUCCUCUGACACUGAGCUUGCUUGUGGAUAGAGUGGCCCACGUAAGACGGCAGGCUAUAGAGCUUGUAUCUGCCAUUGUCCAUCACAUCUCCACAGACUCAAAUCUUCUUAGACCCCUCAUUCUGGAGCUUGAGCAGCAGCUUGCAAGGAGUGCAUUGUGGUCCCACCGACAGACUUUUGCUAUGCUGUGUUAUCAGCUUAUUGACGAUGACAGUAUCGAUGGUGCUAUGUUCUGCCAAGACUGGUUACUGCCACUUGUAGCUCUUUCUGCUGACAGAGUGCCAAAUGUGCGACUUGUUGUGGCUCGAACUAUUUCCAGGAUAGCUGAAAAACCAAAUUUUUUAGUGAAGAGAAGUGAACAGGUGGUGACAACUGCUCUCCUUUCGUUACGAAGGGAUAGUGAUCGUGAUGUUCGAUCCUUCAUUGCACAAAAGGAACUGUAGCCAUAAGGUUGGACUGUAUGUGCUAAAAUUACAACCUUGUUACAAGGACAUCAAAAGUGGUUUGGCGCAACGAUCUCAUUGUUUUUGAUCAUUUUUUAUUUUACUUCAGUGAUGAGCAGACUUUUAUGGGCAUUGUUAAUAGCCAUUUUUUAAACUAAAGCCAGAGGGGUAAUCAUUCUUGCCAGAAAAUUUUUAAAAUAUUUGAUGGGUCUGCAUUUUUCUUAUGGUGUGCUUUCUAUACAUAUUGGGCAUAAAUGUAUUGCCACUUUUUUAAAAGACAGCAAAAUUAUGUACAAUCUUUGUAUAUGGCAUUUAUUUUAAUUGAUAUCAGUUGUGCUGGCAGAUUUGCUCUCCCUCCCUUCUCCAUUUGUAAUCUAUGUACUGUCUUGCUUCCAGUUCUGCAAUUACUCUGUGGAACUUAGAAAUGGUUUCUGCAUUUUUAGGCACUUUUAUUUAACAGAGCUGAAUGUAAUGGGUGAAUGGCAGGUGUAAUGGCUGUGAAAGGGCAUGGUGCAAAAAUGUUGCGAACUGUGUAUUUUAUGCAGUCGGAUAUUCUUAGAUCAUUGGCCAUGCAUUAUAAAUGAGUUCCAUUUGCAGGUUUCAUUAUUUAGUAAAAGUAUUAUUUUAUGGAUUUUUGUGACUUUGCUCAGUAACAUUAAGUCCGUCAUUGAAGUUCACCAUAAAUUCUGAAUCAAUACCCUAUUUUGAUUAGGGAAUUAGAUUAGAAUAAUAUUGUGAGGUUCAGAUUGUAAAAUAUUGUAAAAUUUAACUGUAAAUUAAAUGCAUUCAAAGUUUCAAAAAAACAGAAGUUAAGCAGUUGUGGAAUCUCUUGCCUUCUGAAAGUGUUUUAUAUUUAAUUGUAUCCUGACGGCUGUAAAACAUGACUGUUGAGUGUAAAAAUAAUUUAAAUAACUUAUUUGCUGAACAAAAUAUUCCAUUGUUAUAUACAUAAACAAUAAAUGUGUACAUUAUAAAGUUAAAAGGUCAAUUAAUUUGUAUAUUAUGUGGAAAGUAUUGUUGC